CCGCUGGACUCGGCAGUUGUGGGAGCGCGCAGGCGCGGCGAGCAACUCUCAGAGCGCUGAGUAGCGGAGAGGGACGCGCGAGAACCUUCAUCAUCCAGGACCUGCCAGAGGCCACGAAAAAAUAUGGGGAGGGUUUUCCUCACGGGAGAAAGAGCCAAUUCAGUAUUAAAACGCUACCGAAGAGCUAAUGGACUUUUUGAAGAAAUAAGACAGGGCAACAUUGAACGUGAGUGCAAAGAAGAAGUCUGCACAUUCGAAGAAGCCAGGGAAGCUUUUGAAAAUAAUGAGAAAACUAAGGAGUUUUGGAGCACCUACACAAAAGCGCAACAAGGAGAGAGUAACAGAGGAAGUGACUGGUUUCAGUUUUAUCUUACCUUUCCACUAAUCUUUGGCCUCUUCAUUAUCCUCCUUGUCAUUUUCCUUAUCUGGAGAUGCUUCCUAAGAAACAAAACUCGUAGACAGACAGUGACUGAAAGCCACAUUCCUUUCCCUCAGCACCUUAACAUCAUCACUCCACCUCCCCCACCAGAUGAAGUGUUCGAGAGCACUGGGUUGUCUCCAGGCUUUCUGGAAUAUGUAGUUGGGCGCUCAGAUUCUGUCUCCACUCGCCUGUCCAAUUGUGAUCCCCCACCAACCUAUGAGGAAGCCACUGGCCAGGUGAACCUGCGGAGGAGUGAAACAGAACCUCAUUUAGAUCCACCCCCUGAAUAUGAGGACAUAGUCAACUCCAGCUCAGCCAGUGCCAUAGCUAUGGUGCCUGUGGUCACCACCAUCAAAUGAAGCUGCAAACUUCUUUUUAUUCUAAUCAUUUUUUAAAAUACUAAUGAAAGAACUUUCUAGCACUUUACCACUACAUAAAUGUGUAUUGACUUAUUUUAUUAGACUCAGCAUACCACUUCAUUCUUACUGGUUUGAUUUUUUUUUAGUUUUGUUUCCUAUCACAAAAUCAUUAUCCAUGCUAAUUUUUGCUAGAGGAAAUAUGUGAAAAAGGAAAAACAUACCAGUGAGAGUCUUCAUGUGAUAUAUGUAUAUGUAUGUAUGUGUAUGUGUAUAUA